AUGACAUCGCAGAUUACAUUCGAUGCACCGGUAGUCAUUGGCAAAAUCAACAGCGGCAGCCAGCUAUACAUCGCGCUCAUCAAUGCAGGUACAUUGAAGAGCGAGCCAGGCUUUGAGCCUGCCGUGGACGCUCAAGUGUUAUUCGGCACCGACCACUUCAAAGUCACCGAUGAUAUGAAGUAUGUCACAAUCGACGUCAAAGCCGCUUUGAAGUAA